GGUGCACCUCCGAAUCACGCGUCCACUAACGGUAACCUCUCACUCGUCUCGCCACCACCGCCGCCUAGCCUGGACACACUCACGAAUCUCCAUUUUCCUCUUCUCGAUCUCACUCUCCUUAGCUCUAAACAGGCUCCUGUGAAAAUUCAUUUCGUUGUUCAGAGGACCAAUUCGUCACACUUCCUUCUCCGGCCACCACUUCUCAUUCACGUUCAGAGGACCAAUUCGUCACACUGCCUCCGACUCUCACGCCACCACCGCGUCCGCUUCGUCACGCCACCACUUCUCCUUCGUGUUUCAUCACUUCUUUCCAUUUCUCAGAUCUGUAAAAAGAUAGCAAGCAAUUAGUAUAAGAAGAAAAGGGUAACAAGCAAUCUGCAGAUACACCUUCUGAAGAUUGUCCUAGGAUGUGCAAGAGCCGGUUUACAAAGAGUAGCAUGAAGGGCUAUCCUUUGAAAGAUAUAUAUGCUGCACUUGGACACACAAAGGUUAUUAACAGUGUGUUGGUGCCAACUGUGGGUGAGGAAAUCAUGCUGGCUCGUAUAAUUGAUGAGGAGCGAGAGUAUCAUUGUGAGGGAAGCACAAGUGAUACUUGGAACCACUGGCUAAAUGUGAAGCAGAAGAAUAUAUUUUGGAAAGAGCUAUACGACUUAGAUGUUGCUGCACGAGUGUUUAAAAAAAAGAAGGACAAAGAAAAGGUGACGUUUUUAGAAGAUUCGUCUUCUAAAUCUGGGUUGGAGAGCUUGAAAGCUCUGGAAGAAAAGAUUUUGGGGGCCAUGAGUGAAGGGUUUUUUGGUCUUAAAUCAGUGGUGGAGGCAAAGCUGGGUGAUAUGGAUGUGAGGAUGAGUAAAUUUGAAAAGAACCAGCGCCAACUUAGAAGAAGGGCUAAGAAAAUAGAAGAAAAGCUGACUUCUAUUGAGAGCAACAAAAAUGAGGAGAGGAACUAUGGUGAAGAUAUGGAUUUUGGAUGGGAUGAUAGAGAUUAUGGUAGAGCUGAAGGGAAGGAAAACAGUGAGAAGGCUAAGGAAGACAAGGAAAACAAUGAGUCUGGCGAGGAAAAGGAUGUGGUCUCGGGUGGGGAAAACAGUAAGGAUGGUGAGAAAGAAAACAAUGAGAAGGGUGAAGAAGAGAAAGACCAAGAACCUGAAAAAGACAAAGAAAACAGUGACUCUGUUGAGAAAGGCGAAGAAUACGUGGAGGAAUCAGAUGGAGAAAGUUCUCUGUUAAGGCUUCAGGAAAGAGUGAGAGUGCAAGCGGAAGAAUUUUGGAGGACAAUUGAUGAUGAGUCUGAGGCUGGGGAAGAGGUUGAGAAAGAGGGUGAGGAAUAGGCUGAGAAAGAUGUUCAAGAAGAGAAAGAGGGUGAGAAA